CCCUUCAAGCGGAGCACCAUCUAUCCGAGUACACAGUAGUAGUAGUAGUAGUAGUAGUAGUAGUAGUAGUAGUAGUAAUAGUAGUAGUAGUAGUAGUAGUAGUAGUAGUAAUAGUGGUAGAGUAUAAGGAUGAGAAGAAGCUAAAGGGAGAAGAAUGGUUCGCGAUAGUAGCUGACUAGAAAUGCGCAAGCGCGUGCCUCUAACUCUGUGCGCGAGCGCAUUGGCGGCUCGGCUCGGCUCGGCUCGGCGUCGACGUCGACGUCGUUUUGCGAGAAAAUUGAUUCUGCGCGAAAGAGGAAUACCCAGAGAGCGAGAGAGAGAGAGAGAGAGAUAAAGCAAGAGGGAGAACGAGCCACCGACGAGCCGGGGGUCUUCGCACGCUGACACAGAGACAAACUCGGAGCACGAAAGGACGACACUCUUUCGAGGACGAUCGACGAUCUCACAUCGACAUAUUCUCCCUCUUUUCCUUCGUUCAAGAAAAUCCUCCGAAAGAUCUUUCUAUAUAUAUCCUCCCACUCCCUCUCUCUCUCUCUCUCCCUCACACAUAAUCUCUUCCUCUCUCUCUCUCUCUCUCUCUCUCUCUCUUUCUCUCUCUCUCUCUUAACCAAUCACAUUCAAGUGACUCGAUCGCUAUUAUGUAAGGGGAUGUUACCCUAUCGUCCACCAACGUCGUGUGUUUUCGAGUUCGACGAUAAUCAAAAUCACCAAGAGAGACUAUCUUCUUCUUCUUCGUCCGAGUGUCAAGAAGAUUGAGAAUAAGGAAGUUGAGAGGAUCUCGAAUCUCUCACUCUUUCUCUCUCUCUCUCUCUCUCUCUCGCAAACACUCACUCCUCCUCUCGCAACGAUAUGCGAAGAGACACGGUGGACGCGAGACGAGAGCAACGACGACGAUCGAGCAGAUACCGAGAAUAAGAGAAGUGGACGUGAAUGCGGUCUGUGGGACUCUGCCGAGGAUACUCCUCCUUCGAUGGAUCGAAAAAUUCUCAUCCUCGCUCAUAUUUUGGGAAUCUGUUCUGGUCUGCGAGAGGUCCGUGUCCAGAUACCGACGGCCGUAAGGAAAGGAGACACAGCCUUGCUGAAUUGUUGGUAUGAUAUAGAACAAGACCCGUUGUAUGCAGUCAAGUGGUACAAAGGGGGUCGAGAGUUUUAUCGUUAUGCUCCGAACGAGAACCCAGUCGUCAAGACAUUUCCCAAUGGAAACUUGACGGUAAAGAAAUCGGAGAGCAACGCGACGCAAGUAGCAUUGACCAAUCUCGAGCUGGAUGCUGCAGGCUUGUACAGCUGCGAGGUAUCCGCGGAUGCACCUUCCUUCCACACGGCCAUGAUUUCGGCCACCAUGAACGUCGUCGAAUUACCCUCUCAAAGGCCUUCGAUACACGGACUAAGGAGGAAAUACCGGAUCGACGAUAGACUUCGUUUGAACUGCACAUCCGGACGUAGCAAGCCGGCGGCCAAUCUCACCUGGUACAUCAACGAUCGACAGCCGAUUCCAUCCCACGUGAAAACGUACAGUCCGUUGGACACGAACGAGUCCGAAUGGCAGGUGUCCCAGAUCGGCCUUCAAUUUCUCGUGACGCACGACCACUUCGUGAACGGCAAGCUGAAAAUACGUUGCAGCGCCUCGAUAUACGACAUUUAUUGGCAGAGCACGGAAGUGAGCGCCGAGGAGGAUCGCCCAAGGGUUAUACACUAUGAACCCGCGGCGACUAUAGUUGGUAUCAACUAUCUUCAGCCACCUCCGAAUUUUCAAACCGGCCAGAGGAAGCCCGAUGGUCAAGUCGGCGUGAAAGGUGACUUUUACUCUUUGUUGUUAUACCUUUCUGCGGUUCGAAGGAAGUACGUAUGACGUUGCAUUAACAAACGACAUACUUUAAGUACUCGGCUCGUCGGCGAUGGCACUGGGAUCCUCGUCGAGUCUCCGAAUACUUUUGGAAUUGUUCGUGUUUCUCCUAAUUGCCAUUCGUUAACCGUAUGAUAUUAAGCGCGCGCUUUGGAGCUCUUUAUAUAUAAAGAAAAAGAAAAGACAAAAAAAAAAAAAAAAAAAAGAAAGAAAGAAAGAAAGAAAAAAAAAAAAAGAAAAUAUUCGACGUGCUUGUAAAGAGAAACGUGGAUUGUGCUUAGUGGCAACCAUAAUCCGCGACUUCUCUCCUGUCGUGAGAGAGUGGGACAGGUGCAAAAGAUUCGGGCGCACAUAACGAAAUCUCUGGACACGUCGGAAAGGCCUAAAAAAAAUAGAAGAAGGGAUUUGUGAAAAUGAAAAUUAUGAAAUCGCCGUCCUCGGCAAAGACGUAGAGAAAGAGAUAUCUUCUGAAAUUGAUUGAUUCGAUCGACGAACGUCCGAAGAUGGUGCUGCGGCUUGUUUUGGUUCGUCGAAUUCUCGAAACGAGAAGACAACUGAAAGAGCAAAGAGGAAAAAGUAUAUAGAAAGGAAAAAGAGAUAAAAGAGAGAAAAAAAAAAAAAAGGAAAAAGAAAAAAAGAAAGAAAAAGACAUAAUGAAACAAUGUAUUUUAUUAGACUCCGUACUUGCUUCCUUUCGGUGAGAUCCAAAAACGUAUGUCUCCGCGAAUACGUAGGUGUAGUUUUGCGUGAUCGUUAACGCCGCGGUCGUAUGUGAAAUCGAUAUAGUUUUUUUUCGUACUUUUAUAAAACUACAAAAAGAGGGACUAUAACUUAUUAAAAUUAGCGUGGCUCUAUGCAUACGUAUACAUAUACAUGUAUCGGUACGUAUAUGUGUGUGUGUAUAUAGCUAUGUACGUAUACAACAUAUAUUAUAUACAUAUAACGACACACAACGUUCACACUCGAGCAUUCACGUAUACAAUGUACUCUUUCUCCGUACGAUUAUCUCGAUGGUAUGCGAAAGGGAAGAAGUGGCAAAAAUAAAUAAAAAAGAAAAAAAAAAAAAAAAAGAAAAGAAAAGAGGAACAAGUAUGAAAGAAGAGGCACGUAAUUAAUCGAUUAACACCGUUAAUGCGACGUAAGAUUGUACCUGAAGCGGAUGUUCGACGGAAAUAUUUUUGUGUUUUCUGUGACGAAUUUAGCGAACUAAGUAUUCUCUUAAAAAACGCUUGUCGAUAUGAUAAAAAUUACGAACAACGUCGAUGAAGAACCAAGAGGAAGAGAGAGAGAGAGAGAGAGAGAGAGAGAGAGACCGAGGAGGAGAGGAAAAAGAGGAGCAAGCUGAAACUGGCUUUUCGUACAUUCCGCACGACACGGACGCUUCGACGUUUGAUAAACUCUUCCGUUCAUUCCGAACGAAGCAACUUUCGCGUUUCGUUUCAAUUUCAAACGUCCUCACGUACUCGCGUUCACGCGUUAAAGGAACGAAAAUAUAAUAAGAUGAGGGGAAGGAGAAGAGAUGAAGGAUCGACGACCGCUUUCGAGGUUCGACGACGAGUAAAAGCCGAGGACGAGAGAAGAUGAUUUAAAUUUUUCGAGAAAGAGAGAAAACGUUUCGUGCCGGCUUUGUUUCUAGCAUACGCAUAUAUUUUUUUCAACGAGGAAGAUUGCAGCGAAAUUAGCAGGGAAAAGCGACGGAACGAAUGCGAAAGAAGAAAAAUUGACGAAGCGGAAAGGCAAAAAUGAUAAAGAAAAUGAAAGAGAAGCUACACGUGUGCCGAUCGCGCGCACACACACAUACGUUUAAAGACAAACUGAAUAAAAAUGAUUAACGUGAUUAAUAAGGUGAUUGCAACGACUGAAUAUAAUUAAUAUAAUAAUCUUCAAAGUGUGA